CACUUCCUGGUUGAGCUGUUCACGGCGGAGCCCCGGAGCGGGGACUGCCGGGGGCCGGCGGGCGGGCAGGGAUGCACCGCCGCGGGGUGGGCGCCGGCGCCAUCGCCAAGAAGAAGCUGGCUGAGGCCAAAUAUAAGGAACGGGGCACUGUCCUGGCCGAGGACCAGCUGGCCCAGAUGUCAAAGCAGCUGGACAUGUUCAAGACCAACUUGGAAGAAUUUGCCAGUAAACACAAGCAAGAAAUCCGGAAGAAUCCUCAGUUCCGGUUGCAGUUUCAAGACAUGUGUGCCACCAUUGGGGUUGAUCCUUUGGCCUCUGGAAAAGGAUUUUGGUCUGAGAUGCUGGGCGUUGGAGACUUUUAUUAUGAGCUGGGUGUUCAGAUUAUUGAGGUGUGCCUGGCACUGAAGCAUCGGAAUGGAGGUCUGAUCACUCUGGAGGAACUACACCAGCAGGUGUUGAAGGGAAGGGGCAAGUUUGCUCAGGAUGUCAGCCAAGAUGACCUCAUCCGGGCCAUCAAGAAACUGAAGGCCCUGGGCACCGGCUUCAGCAUCAUUCCUGUGGGAGGCACUUACCUGGUCCAGUCAGUUCCAGCUGAGCUCAACAUGGAUCAUACUGUGGUGCUGCAGCUAGCAGAGAAAAAUGGUUAUGUGACAGUCAGUGAGAUCAAAGCAAGUCUCAAAUGGGAGACAGAGAGAGCUCGGCAAGUGCUGGAGCACCUACUGAAAGAAGGGCUGGCCUGGCUGGACCUGCAGGCUCCAGGGGAAGCACAUUACUGGCUGCCAGCUCUCUUCACAGACCUGUACUCCCAGGAAAUCACAGCUGAGGAAGCCAGGGAGGCCCUCCCCUGAUUCUAGGAGGAAGCAGACCAGUGAGAAGAGUGGAGGAAGACAGGGCAAGAUCUACCAAGGCAGCCUGAACAAUAAACAUUUUUGUAAGAAAAUGGUGGUCCCAAGUUGCCACUCUUCCUCAAGGUUUUUUAAUACCUAAGGUUUUCCAUUAAUGGAGGAACAUUCUUGUAACUACUAUCAUCCCUGGCACUUUUGUAUUCUUUUUUGUUUUUCAAAAUACUAUUAUCCUAAUAAUAACAACAACUGUGGAAGAGGUAGGGCAAAAGUGGAAACUGAGGCCCAGAAGUAUAGGGUGGAAAUUCUAUGAAUUCACAGAUGAGUUGAGCCCAGGAAUCCGGUUCUGUCUUCCAGCCCAUUCUUUCAAGUGCUUCGUAAACAUCUAUAAGGAUGCAAACCAUAAACAAGCCUGUUUUUUACUAGCUUAAUGCUCAUUCAUUGAUUUGUCAAAUCAAAGUCUUUUGCUCCCCAGAAGUCUUCACAGAACUGUUUCUUCACUCAGCACAGGAGUUAUUAAAUAAAUAAUAAGAAUAGGAUGCCAGAGUAUCACCCCAAAGUAGUUCUGGAUUAUCCACAAAGGGGCUCCUCUUAGUCCAAGACAGUGGCUAGGGGACAGAAACGUCAUUUAGGCAAAUAACCAUUUCCUUUACUAUCCUCCCCUGCCCGCCCCACCACCCCAAGACUCGGGCUUCUCCAUCUUGGGGUAAGUUUUCCACAAGCCUGACUGAAACCGAGACAGCUUUCACCCCACUAAACCAUAUCCUGAAGUAACAGAACCAGUUUCCAGCAAAGAUUCUAAUAGCUGCUAACUGGGAGGCUCCCAGGUGCUUCCCACCCACCCCACCCCCCCAGUCUGUCUUCCAAGAACAAUAGCCAACGGUUCCCCAACAAUUUAAUGGACUUUUCUGCAUUGUCUUCAAAGGUGGCAAGCUCUAUUAUGGUGACAGAUGCUCCUUGUCCAUGUAGCCUAACAUGCCAGUUCCAUUUUAUUCUCUGUACUCUAUCCAUAUGCCUGGCAAUGACAUAGUACCCAAGGGCUAGGUACCAUGCUCAUCUGAGGUGGUCCUAAUGGCCCCUUCCACACCCACAGCAACCUCCUUCUGCCAAAACAAACUUUAUUGCACAAAAAAUCAUUUAUGUACAGUCAGAUAUAAAGAUGUCUCUUUGAGUGA